AUGUCCCAAAUAAAUGAAGCGCUCGACAGAUUAGGACACCGCAAGUUCAAGCUGACCAUAUUGGGAUGUAGGACCUGCUUCCACGAAUCCGAUAUCUACGACACAGACCCCAAUCUGAAUGCAAUCAAUAUAUUAUGUGUCUCUCUCCAGAUAAUGUGUCCAAUCAGCUUCGCUAGUCCUUUGCUAGGGUCUAUCAAGGACAUGACAAACCUCGAAUGUUUCAAGAUCCGCGCAAUCGAUCAGAACUCAUAUGGAGAAAGUGGUCCAACGGAUGAAGAUGUCAGAAAUAUGCUACCUGGACAACCUCACCGUCUCAGAGAUCUUGGGGUAAUUGAUGUGGGGAUUCUUAGAGUUGAUAACAGCAAGCAUCAAGCACUCAAAUGCCUGAAGAGCUGUACCCUCUACGAUGGUAGCACGUUAUCUCGGCCACGCCUCCUAAACCUAUUGUCCAGUCUCGAAAAUCUAUCCACGUUGAAAUGGGUUCGGCCCCAUCUCCGCUAUGUUGGCCGUAUGCCUUCUCACUUGCAACAUUUGUACCUUGAAAAAGGUUACAUAGGGUUCUUUCCAACUCAAACCCUUGACCAGUUGACUACGCUCAAGCUGCCAAUUGACCACGCUCAAGCUGGUGGGACUAUUGGGAGACGCAAACG